UCACUGACGUUACGUAGGAAGCAGAAGUGAGUCGUCGUCGCUGAAGUUUGGACCGUCAUGGCGCUGGGAGACUGUUGGAAGCAGCUGUCGUGGAUUUACUACCAGUAUCUGCUGGUGACGGCGCUCUACAUGCUGGAGCCGUGGGAGAGGACGGUGUUCAACUCUCUGCUGGUGUCUGUGGCGGCCAUGGCCGUGUACACGGGUUACGUCUUCAUGCCUCAGCACAUCAUGGCCAUCCUGCACUACUUCGAGGUCGUCCAGUGACACCAUGACUCCGCCCCCGUCCGCCCAGGGUCCAUCGCUGUCUUCAUGUCUGUCUGUUCCUCCUCCUCCUCCGUUCUAACGCUGAUGUGACGCCACGAUGGACGGACGUUUGUCCUUCCAGGUCAGAUGUCACUGGUCUGGUUUAGGUUUAAAGAGUUUUAUUCAGACGCAGGAAACCACAGAAGCUGACGGAGGAAGUGUUUUUGUUGCCUUUUUUUGAGCGGGAUCUGAUUGUUUUCUUAAAGUGACAGUAGCAGGAACAUUUCCACUCUUCAUCAUCACCCGCCGGCCUUUCUGCAGCUCGUCUGUGAAACACACGGACGCAGAAGAAUCCGUCCAACAUCGCAGGAGCUGAGACACAACACAACAGAAGCAGCUGCUUUAAAGGGACCGUUUUCUUUUCAGUGAGGUGAUGUGACGCAGUAACAAGACUCAGUGUAAGUCUACGAUGUCCACGUCUUUGUCUCGCUGUGAGACAGAAACUGAAGUUUGGAAACCACACACUCACUCACUCUCCCACACCAAAGUCCAUAGAGAAAAUCAGUGAUUUAACAUCACAACAAACUUGAGUUUCCUGUUGGAAAAGUCUGUCUCACAGUGAGACGAAGACGUGAACAUGGUCUUAAGACGUCGUAGACUUUAUUAGCAGAGUCUGUUGUCCCUGGUUACAGCCAUGUCUGUAACACACUGACUCUGUCCAAGAUCCUCGUUCUUUAAUAUGAGGACUUGAGCUCCUGUUGUUUUGCAUUCAUUCAUUCAUAACAUCAUAUUCAUGUUACCACCAGGCCGAUUACUUCCAUCAUUGAUUGUUAAUCAGUUCUUUGUUGUUUUUGGAAAUGUUGAUCGUUGUUUUCAAACUCUGAAAAUGAUGUCUGUCAAAAGCCACAAACCAAAAAAAAUUCACAUUUAAGAAGCUGAAAAUGACAGAGUAGAUUAUUAUAUAUAGAUAAUUAUUGAUGAAUGGGUUAUCAGAAUAAUCCAGACACAAACCAGACCAAUCUCUUUGUUUUUCUCCACCUCUGGUUGCUGUGACCUUUGAUGACCACAGGGGGCGCUCUCCUUGUUUUCUAACAGAACUGGAGGUGUUUACAGGUCUGAGCUGUAGGAAAUGAUAACAUGAGAUCAUGAAGUGUCACAACAGCAGCAGCUUUCAUUAUUAUUAUAAUAAAUAUUAGAAUUGUUGAUUAUUUUAAUGUAUUUUAUUUUGGUAAGUUUGUUAGGAAGUGGUGAAUCAGUGAAAAGACGAGCUGAUGACGGUGGAAUUGAAAGAAUGGUUCAUUUAAAGCUGCGACAGGAAUAUUUUCAUUGAUGAUGAAUUUUUCGGGAUUAUUUUUUGUGAUUCAAUCGAUUUUAGUUUAUUCUGUAAAAUGUCUGUUUUUAAUGGCCUGUUUAUGACUAACCUUGUGUAUGUCAUGACUCCGCCCCCUGCAGGGUCAGAGUGUGUGGGGGCGUGGCCUGUGUAUCUGUAGCUGCUCUAACGCCUCGUUUAAAAAAAAUCAUUCUAAUCAUAAACCACUCAAAGUUUCCUCUGCACAUAAAUAUAGAAUAAUUUAAAAAAACAACGUAAUCUUUUACGAUAUUUUCUGAUCCCUGGGAGACGUUUGUUUCGUGUACAUAAGCUUGUAAAGACAUUUGUAAAGUUUUUGUAGUCGGACAUGUUUGUUUGUGGCGCUGAAUGCUACUCCUAUCACUCAUUAAAGGGAUAUUUCACUCUGUUAUAAAG